AUGGCUGGCUUCCAGCCCGCAGUCACCAGCGGGUGGAGCACGCACCUCUCCAGAACCUUCCACCCUCGCUCGCAUGGCGUCAGCAAAACAACCACCGUCCAAGCCAGAGCCGCCGCCGCACCCGCCCGCCGCGCCAUGUCCCUCCACACUUCGCCCACCUUCUUCGCCUCGUCCGAGGACGCCCACGCGGAAGCCGACGCCGACGCGGCCCCCGCGCAGAGGGCUCUCCCGGCUCCCGGGCACCACGGCGCCGCCGCGACGACGCUCGACGUCUCCGGCGGCGGGGCCACCGUCAAGCUGGACCACCUGGGCCCGCUGGUCGUCAACGUCGACGGCACAAUGAGCCGGAUCGGCAACUGGGCCGACAUGGCUGACGUGGAGAAGCAGAACACGUUGAGGAUCCUGGGCAAGAGGAACAAGGCCCGCCUGGAGGCGUUGCGCAAGGCCAAGGUGGAGGGGGGUCAUCGGGAAGCGGCCCGGAUAGAAGCGGAUGUCAUCAGUUAUGUUAUGCUCAUGUCAUUUGAGCGACCCGGGUAG